CGCUCACACCGGAGUCACUUCCGAAGAGAGAACCGCCAUGAAGAGAGUAGGGGGUGCCGCCCACCUCUGCACCGACAGCCUCCCCGAGUCCCAGCAGCAAGACGGCAACCACGCACCCAGCUUCUCCAGCCACAGCUCAUGCCGCCGUCGCCAGCGGCGCCGACAUGACAAGGCGCUGCAUGCCCGCUAGGCCAGGUUUCCCCUCAUCCCCAGCCCCGGGGUCGUCGCCCCCGCGCUGCCAUCUGAGACCCGGUAGUACCGCCCCUGCUGCAGCGGGAAAAAGAACAGAGAGCCCUGGGGACAGGAAACAGUCAAUUAUAGAUUUCUUCAAGCCAGCUUCUAAACAAGACAAACAUAUGUUGGAUUCUCCUCAAAAAUCAAACAUCAAAUAUGGAAGAAAUGGAGUAUCUAUCAGUGGGACAGAGCAGUUUGAAAGGAAAUUAUCUUCACCAAAAAAACCCAAACCCAAACGAAUGUCAUCAGAGGAAAGUCCUAUUUUAGAAGCUUUCAUGAAAGGCGGGAAAGAGCACCACAAAGAUCAUGGUGUACAUGAAUCACGGCGGCCUUGUAUGUCAGUCGGCUCCAAAUACUUACUCCAAGAAACAGGUAUCUAUGCUCCUUCCUCUUACCGAUUGCCCAAAGAGGUGAAGACACGGAAGAAAAAACACAGGUCUCCAGAGAGAAGGAAGUCACUGUUCAUUCAUGAAAGUAACAGGGAGAAGAAUGACAGAGAUCGAGGCAAGACCAGUGAAGACUCCAGAAAGCAUGCCCCAGCGACAGAAGGUGACAUCUUCAAGAACAGUUCCAGAAGUGUUAGUAGCAGAAGCAGCCUAUCCCGGCACCACCCAGGAGAAAGCCCACUGGGAGCUAGGUUCCAGUUGUCAUUAGCUUCUUACUGCCGAGAACGAGAGCAGAAGAAGUUGAGAAAGGAACAAAUGGAACAGAGAAUCAACUCAGAAAAUUCUUUCUCAGAAACAAGCAAUCUUUCCUUAAAAUCAUCUAGUAUAGGGAAAAAAUGUAAACCAAGGCAUGAACACAGUAAGCAGAAUGAUGCUGUACCUGGAAAGAGUAAUCUUUCAAAUCUGGAAAAUGGACACCUCUCAAGAAAAAGAUCAUCUUCAGACUCUUGGGAACUUUCAGGCUCUAAGCAGAAUAAAUUCUCCGACAAAAGAAAAAGGAACUCUGUGGACUCAGAUCUGAAAAGCACAAAAGAAUCUAUCAUACCAAAAGCAAAAGAGUCCUUCCUAGAGAAGCGUCCAGACACAUCACAUCAGAGAGAAAAGUUUAUAAGACACAUUGCACUGAAGACACCCGGUGGUGUUCUGCGCUUGGAAGACAUAGCCAAGGAACCUGAUGAUGAAAGAGAUCGUUCUUCUGCAGACUUGGCACCUUCAAAUUCUGGCCACCAUUCUUCCAGGAAUAGUGACCAAGUCCACGCAGCAAGUACCAAAGAGACUAAAAUACAGAAACCCCACUUACCUUUACCUCAGGAAAAAUCUACAAUUAAAAGAGCUAGCAACCUUCAGAGAAGUAAACCGGCUGGCUCUAUGACAUCAAAAGAGACAAAACUACCUUUACUUUCCCAUGUUCCAAGUGCUGUUUCCUCUCGAGUACCAUUAAAUGCUAAAAAUUGCACUCUUCCAGUUCCUAAAAAAGAUAAAGAGCGUUCCUCCUCUAAAGAACGUUCUGGGCAUUCUACAGAAUCCUCCAAACACAAGGAACACAAAGCAAAGACUAUUAAGGCUGUUUCUAAUGAAUCUUCAGGGAAAAGUUCUGGGGGAUCUUUGCAUUCAGAGUACAGCCCUCCUACAGAGUCUCCUCCAGCUGCCUCGGAAGUUGUGCCGUGUGUCCCAAGCCCUGCAGCACCUUCAGAUAAAGAGUGUUCAGGAAAUUCCAAUGCAGGUAGCAGUGCACUGAAAAGGAAAUUCAGGGGUGAUUUUGAUAGCGAUGAAGAAAGUUUAGGUUACAACUUAGAGAGUGAUGAGGAAGAGGAAACAUUAAAAUCACUGGAAGAAAUAAUGGCUUUGAAUUUCAACCAGACUCCUACAGCUUCAGGAAAGCCUCCUGCCAUUUCCAAGGGGCUUAAAUCCCAGUCAUCAGACUACAUAGAAUAUGCUCAGAGUGGAACUUAUACAAAUACUUUAGAGCGUCUUGUAAAGGAGAUGGAAGACACACAAAGACUAGAUGAACUACAGAAGCAACUACAGGAAGAUAUAAGACAAGGCAGAGGCAUUAAAUCUCCUAUCAGAAUUGGUGACCAGGACAGUACAGAUGAUGAGGAUGGCCUCUUGGAAGAACACAGGGAAUUUCUAAAGAAAUUUUCAGUUACAAUUGAUGCUAUUCCUGAUCAUCAUCCAGGUGAAGAAAUAUUUAAUUUCCUUGAUUCUGGAAAAAUUUUCAAUCAAUAUACCUUAGAUUUAAGAGACUCUGGUUUUAUUGGAGACAGUGCUGUGGAAAAGCUUAUUCUCAAAUCAGGAAAAACAGAUCAGAUCUUUUUGACAACACAAGGCUUCCUUACCUCUGCAUACCACUACGUCCAGUGUCCUGUACCUGUGUUAAAGUGGCUGUUUCGGAUGAUGUCAGUUCACACAAAUUGUAUUGUGUCGGUACAGAUUUUAAGUACUUUGAUGGAGAUCACCAUUAGAAAUGCAGAUACUUUCAGUGAUUCACCAGUUUGGCCCUGGAUCCCAUCGUUGUCUGAUAUAGCAGCUGUGUUUUUAAACAUGGGCAUUGGAUUUGGAUCUUUGUUUCCUCUGGAGACUCUUCAGCCAGACUUUAAUGAAGACAACCUAAUUUUUGAAACACGGAAAACGCUGGGGGGAAGAGGAAGUGAAGAUUCAUCUUGUAAUCCCGUUUUUUCAACUCUUCCUGAGACCAACAUUUUAAAUGUAGUUAAGUUCCUAGGCUUGUGUACAUCUAUACAUCCAGAAGGUUACCAAGAUCAAGAAAUAAUGUUGCUGAUUUUAAUGCUAUUUAAAAUGAGUUUGGAAAAAGAGCUGAAACAGAUUCCGUUAGUAGACUUUCAAAGCCUCCUGAUAAACCUCAUGAAAAACAUCAGAGAUUGGAACACAAAGGUGCAUGAACUCUGUGUGGGCAUAAAUGAACUCUCCAGUCAUCCCCACAACCUUCUGUGGUUGGUACAGCUGGUCCCUAACUGGACAUCUCGUGGAAGGCAACUGAGGCAGUGUCUUAGUCUGGUGAUUAUUUCAAAGCUUUUGGAUGAAAAACACGAAGAUAUCCCUAAUGCUAAUAAUCUUCAGAUCUCAGUUCUACACCGAUAUCUGGUGCAGAUGAAGCCUUCUGAUUUGUUGAAGAAAAUGGUCCUGAAGAAAAAGGCUGAAGAACCAAAUGGAACUAUUGAUGACAGCCUUCAUUUAGAACUAGAAAAGCAGGCAUACUACCUGACCUACGUUCUUCUUCAUUUAGUUGGGGAAGUUAGUUGUUCUCAUUCUUUUUCUUCUGGACAGCGGAAACACUUCGUGCUGCUUUGUGGGGCUUUGGAAAAGCAUGUUAAAUGUGAUAUUAGGGAAGAUGCAAGGCUUUUCUACAGAACUAAAGUGAAAGAUUUGGUUGCCCGGAUACAUGGAAAAUGGCAGGAAAUAAUCCAGAACUGUCGACCUACUCAGGGGCAGCUUCAUGACUUCUGGGUGCCAGAUUCUUAACAGGAGUUACAGCAGCAGAAAUACAAAGCCAGAAGGGUCUUUCCAAGAGGGUUACUGUGGGAUCCAGCAGAUGCUAAGGAACACAGCUAUGUGCCACUCGCAUAUGUAGUGUGAAGCUGGUGAUGAAGACUUGGCCGUUUCUGCAGCAGAUAUGAAAUACCAUUUGCAGCUGACCUUAGAGGAAGGAACAGGGGCCUAUAAAAGGAGGGUAGAAGCAGGCUCAGCUGGUAGAAGAAUCCAGCCUGCCCUUCCUAGCAGUUACCAUGUAAGGUGGUGUCAUAGCACUUGGAUCAUCACAGAAAAUAAGGAAAAGUGUGGACCAACUUGAGGAGUUGGACAUUGAAACAAAGGCCGAGGCCCAGCUGGUUUUCAUCUCCCUCUUGGUUAUUUUUGGGUAUAAAAGGAACGCCUAGAAUAGAAUUCUAUAAUCAGAAGUGUGGGUCUAUUCUGUAACUCUGUAAACCAUAGGCAGUUUCAGUCCAUACAUUGUCCCUUUACUAUUCAAGAUUAUAAAUCUGAAGUUUUUAAAUCUAUUUAAAGUCAAUUAAGGAACAAACAAACUGUCAGAUUGCCCUUAGAGGAAGAGAUUAAGCUACAAAGUAGUGACUGUUUGUAAAAUGCCAGAACAUUCAUGGGCAGUUUGUUUAAGAUUUCUUGUAAAUGCAUAUAUUUUUAAAAUACUGGUUCAAUCAUAAAAUCUUAGCUAAGCCAGAAUUCUGGCCAUUGGUAACUAUAUUACAAAGUCUCUGUAUAAAGGCUUAAAAAAUCUGGAAGUUUCCAAAACCUUGUUCCCAUGAGUAUGUAAUAUCGCAGAGACCUUGAUAAUGUUAUUUUGGGGACACUGUGUGUGUGUGUGUGUGUGUGUGUGUGUGUGUGUGUGUGUGUGUGUGUGUUCACUCGAGUGUUUGUAUCUUGAAGUUGUUGCACUUGAAAACCACAGCUGCUCUAAAUUCUUUUAAACACUGGAAAGCCAUCCUUUAGUUUAGAUGGUAGAGGGUUAGCAGAGUUGUACAUGCUAGAUUGAGCCUGAGGCUCUCUGAAACAUUUGGUAGUAACACUCAUGUUGACCGAUGUCUGUUUAGGGAGGGUUUGCUUCCUGAAAGGGAUGCCAACUGCUUAUUCUUUGAAAAUUGGCUUAAGUGGCUUGCUCCCUCCUGAGCAUGCUAACGUCUGUGUGGGCCCAGGUUGGGGGUGAAAAGGAAACUGGGCUCGACGUUUAUGGUUUGAGAGGAGAAAAUAAGUUCUGAGAGCUAACUUUCUACCUCUAAAUUGAGGCUUAGGAAUAAAAACCAUUUUAUCUUAAAUUUAUCAUUUAAAAUAACAUUAGUAGCUUUUGAGCUCAUGUCAAGCAUUGGGCAGUUAGAGAUUUUAUAGGGAAGGCUGAACAAAUCAAAUUUUCAAGAACUGAGGCUGAUUGAGGCUCCAAGAGUCAGACCAACAAAAGUUUUCUUCUGUGUUGAGUUUACCGGUAAGAAUAGUAUCUUGAUGCUACCUCUCAAGGGUAUUAUUACAAAAUGCCACUAUGGUUAAAGAGAUAGAUACAAAGAGUUAUAUUUGACAGAAGCUUGAAACUCUGGCAUCUAUCUGCCCAACAAUGGGGGCUUUCACUCUGUAAUUUAAUACCUUGUAGAUACAUUAUUUGUGUGUAAUUUUAUAAGUGUUCAUAUUUUUCUCAUUUUGCAUUGUGUAAAGUGUACAAAAUCUCAAAAGUAUAAAAAUCUGCUUAUAUUGCUUGUAAUUACAGUGUGUAAAUAUUUUCUAUUGUGUACAUUGACGGGGACAAGUGGGUUAUUCAGGUUUUUAAGUGACCCUUUUAUAUUGCAGUUUCAACUGAUAACCACCCAUCAAAUUAAAAACCACUUUGAUACAUUCUUAUUUAGCCGUUCCAAUAAGUAAAAUCUCUAUUUUCAAUUGUCUUUCUCCAUGAGAGGAAAAUACUUUAUCCUUACCUUUAAAAUAAAUGGCCAGACCAGUUUAGGCCCUUGUAUUUAUGACUCUGGUAGCAGUCUUCAGUCUCCGGGUCAUAGUCCAGUCAGUAUUUGCAUUUGGGUUCUCAUAGAAACUUUGUGAUUCUAUUUUAGCACAAGUAGUUCAUGGUUUUUCUCCCAAAUCAAGUGUUUUCCAUCUCCUGAGUCCCCAUGCUUUGUCUCCCUCCAGCUGUUGUCGCCCAGAAAAUGGGAUGGUAACGAGGGAGAAAAUGCUCAUUGCACAAAGACUGUCAGGCCACAUUUGGGACUUGACAAACAAAGCUUGCACUGAGUGGUGGUGUGUUUGGCAAUCUUACUGUGCCAAAAAUCACCUUGUCUAAUUUUCUGGAUGUGUAUGUCAAACUUAUUACCCUUACUGCAAGCUGAAAAUUAAAGUACUUGUGUUUAUGCUUUUGUGUGUAACUGUUUGCCUUUUCUAACCUGCUUUUCUUGUUAUCUGAAAAUACAGUUCUGUAAUAACGUUCCAUGAAGAGGCUCCAUACACAAGUCAUCUGUAUUAGCACUAAAGUCAGCAUUUGUGCGUUUGUUUGUCUUAUCUCCUCCUGGUGGCAGUGGUGCCUUUGUCACCUCUCGGAAGGUUGGCAUUUUGCUUUUGAGUGCAAGUAGUAGCUUGCUUUUGACCUUACAAAAAAAAAAAUAUAAAUAUAUAUAUAUAUAUAUAUAUGUAUCUCCCCAGUAAAAAGAUAGAUAAGAUAGUGUGUUACCAUCCAGGCUCUAUUAUUGAAGAAUUUGCGCUUUUUUGUUUGUUUGUUUUUGUUCCUUCCCAAUCAAAAUACAUACAGUUGGUAGGGACUGGCCAGUAAUAAUGUGUGGAGUCUUUAAACCAAGAGUAAUUUCUUUACAUUUGAAAAGUGACUUAUUGACAAGCAGCUGAGUUAAGAGAACUGACUUACUUGGCUUGUCAGGAGGCAAGGGUAGGGUAUAGAGGGUGGGCCUGUGAACCAAUCAGCACAGUCCAGUCUUGGUGGGUGUGCCUGCUCGAUGGUGCUGGCACACCCCAUCAUCUGUGUGUCAGUUCCCGGGGGGUUCUAGCCAGCCAGUUAACCUAGCUCUUAGGCAGUAAAUGCAAUGUUUCCUCCUCCCCGCUUUCUUUAAAAUUUUAUACUAUGUCUUGUUUAAAGUCCUCUAAAUGUAUGUGUAUGUGUUAUUAAACUUUUCUCUGUUUAAA